UUUGGUCUUAUCAGAUGCUUCAGAGGCUGGGCAACUCUGUGACCAACUCCACCCACUGCAUAAAGCUGCAAUGAAAGGUCCACUUACAACUGCUCUGUAACUGACUCAAUUCUUCUGCACCUGAUCUGUUGUCUUCAUCGCAGACAUUCUACUGAUUCUGAGGAUGAAGACACUAGCGGGUCCAUGUGUUUUGAUGAUUCUCUGUCUCUGCUCGAGUGCAGAGGCUGCCACUGCCAUUGACCUCCUGCGUGAAACUGCUGUGAGUUGGACAGGGGCCCUGCCCUGUGGUGGAUGGGACUGUGAAUGUGCAUUCAGGAGCCAGCAGGGCUGUUGUUGUGUUGCGAAGCCACUGUUUGAGCUGGAGGAAGCCACCUUCAUACGUUUGGUUGGCUUAUGGGAAGGAUUGUCUCGCCUGAACAGCCAAAUAGAGGAAGUCACAGCUGGAUGCAAGAUAGCCUUCACUGCGGCAAUGCUACCAAUGAGUGGAUGUCUUGGGCCUUUCACCAGCAACAUGUCUAUCUCUUACCAGUCUGUCUCACUUAAUCAAGGGAAUGGGUACAAUGCUGCGUUGGGUACAUUCACGGCCCCCCACGCUGGUCUCUACUUCUUCUCCUUCUCGGCUUAUUCCAAAGUUGGCGAUGCAGGUGAGCGACUCUACCAAAAGGUGCAGUUGAUGAAGAACGGUCAGCUGAUUGCCUCCUCCUGGGAAGAUAACCGUGAGGAUUCAGAGGAUAGUAGUACUCAGACUGUUCUUCUCCAGCUUAGACGUGGUUGCCAGGUCUAUAUUGAGUUGCUCUCAGGCAGACAGCUUUGUGGAGACACCCAGGGCUCCAACACUUUCAGUGGAUACCUGAUCUAUCCAUUCUCUGAGCAAUGACAAAAAAAACCUGUAAACACACACAUACACAACAAUCUUCAUUGUAAUGCCUGCCAUCUGAGAUUUAAAAAGAUGUUAAACUGGUGAAUUUGAAAUUCUUCAUGUAAAAUUUACAAAAUAUUCAUGUACCCUAACGUUGCUAGACAGUAUAUGGCUUAAUGAAUAAAGGUUAUUUUAAUAGUUUUCUGUGGCACUUA